CACACAGGAGCAGACCUGCAGACCAGACCCCAGGACCCUAGAGCCAUUCUCCUGCCUACUUCAGUGACUCUUCACCAGAACAGAAACCUCUUCACCAUGCCUGUUGCCCUCCGCUUCCUCUGCCUACUCAGCCUGGCUGUUGGUGCUCUACACUGCACUCCCGUGCCUGACCAGGAGGGGGAGCUCUCAGAGCCCCAGCACACCGCCUGUCCCCCGGGCUGGUCCAGUUUCAACAACCGCUGCUUCAAGUACUUCGCCUCUCCGCUGGACUGGGCCGAUGCAGAGUCCUACUGCGUGACCCAGCGAGCCAACCUGGUCUCUGUGAACAGCAAAGGGGAAUUCGACUUCGUGAAAAACCUGAUCCAUGGCUUCGACCCUGCUGAGAGCCAUACCUGGAUCGGGCUGAGUGACCUCCACGAGGAAGGGAGAUGGAUGUGGUCGGACGGCUCCAAGGUGGUCUACACGUUCUGGUCUCCAAAGGAGCCCAAUAAUGGAGAUGGAAGGGAGAACUGUGUCCACACUAAUAAGUUAAAGGAGAAGCUGUGGAACGACGAAUUCUGCUCCAACAAGUAUGCUUUUGUCUGCGCCACACGUCCCGGCCUCUGAACCUCUGAGUCUUUAGUUCAAAGAUGCCUUGGUUUACAUAAAUAAAGAAAAACCUUUCAUUGAAAUCUCCUUGUUGGUCCUUUAUCUGAUUCAACUUGUGUUUUAUUCUCCAGCCCUGGUUAGAAUGACAAGUAGUCAGGGGUGGAAAAAGUAGCCAAUUGUCAUACUUGAGUAAAAGUAUAGAGACCUUAAUAGAAAGUUACUCAAGUAAAAGUGAAAGUCACCCUGUAAAAUACUACUUGAGUAAAAGUCUAAAAGUAUUUGGUUUUAAAUAUACUUAAGUAUCAAAAGUACACGUAAUUGCUAAAAUAUAAUGAAGUAUCAAAAGUAGAAGUAAAAAUAUAAAUAUUUUCAAAUUCCUUACAUUAAGCAAAUGUGAUGAGGUGGUUUUGAAGGAGUCAGGCGCAAGAGGGUCAAUAACAGGAUUUAUUUCUGAACCACAGAGUUACGCAGUAAUAUGUAAAAACACUCCAGUGCACAAAACAGGCACACUGGAAAAUACAAGACACACGGGGAAUAUUCCCAGCGAUACAAAAUACACGGAGCUCCACCGAGCUUCUCUCUCCUCCACAAUAAACAAUCACACACAAAGACCAGGGGGCAGAGGGAACACUUAUACAGGUACUGAUGAGGGGAUAUGAACCAGGUGUGUGUAAUAAACAAGACAAAACAAAUGGAAUGAUGAGAUGAGGAGCGGCAGUGGCUAGAAGGCCGGGUGACGACGAACGCCGAAGCCUGCCUCGAACCAGGAGGGGAGGCAGCCUGUUUUUUUUUUCAUUAAUAGAGCCAGGGACACACUCCAACACUCAGACAUUAUUUACAAAAGAUGCAUUUGUGUUUAGUGAGUCCGCCAGAUCAGAGGCAGUAGGGAUGACCAGGGAUGGUCUCGUGAUAAGUGCAUGAAUUUCACAAUUUCCUGUCCUGCUAAGCAUUCAAAAUGUAACGAGUACUUUGGGUUGUCAGGGAAAAUGUAUGGAGUAAAAAGUACAUUAUUUCCUUUAGGAAUAUAGUGAAGUUAAAAGUAAAAGUUGUCAAAAAUAGGGUUCAACAACCGCUGCUUCAAGUACUUCGCCUCUCAGCUGGACUGGGCCGAUGCAGAGUCCUACUGCGUGACCCAGGGAGCCAACCUGGCCUCUGUGAACAGCAAAGGGGAAUUCGGCUUCGUGAAAAACCUGAUCCAUGACUUGGACCCUGCUGAGCGCAAUACCUGGAUCGGGCUGAGUGACUUCCACAAGGAAGGGAGAUGGAUGUGGUCGGACGGCUCCAUGUUGGUCGACACGUUCUGGUCUCCAAAUGAGCCCAAUGAUGAAGAAGGAAGGGAGAACUGUGUUCACACUAACAACAUGAAGGACAAGCUGUGGAACGACAUAUUCUGCUCCAACAAGUAUGCUUUUGUCUGCGCCACGCGUCCCGGCCUCUGA